UUCAUUUAUUUCAAUUCCGUCGUCCGUGAGACGCGGUGGCCAGUUAACUGAUUUUAACGAUAGAUAUUAUAUAACGUUAGUAACAAGAUUAUAAUUAUUAUUGAUCACAAUAAUUAAUAUAAUUUCUUACGAAUAAAAAAUACUAGUGCGAUGAAUUCCACGUGGUCUUAUUAGUGGUCGUAAAACAGCUUGAUUUCAAACGUAGACAAUUAUAUUGGGUGAUUAUCAAUUUGUUAUAGUCAGAUUUAAUUUUAUCACGAUAAUGGUUUCCGGAGUUGUUAUUUGGCUGUUUUUGUUUUUAUUUUGCAACGUCAUAAUACAAUUGCAUAGUGUUAAACCAUGGACUGAAAAACAAUUGUUUCCUUCGAACGAAAUUCCAGAAAAUGGCUUAAGCCCACGUCGAUCAGUCGUAAGGCGUAAAAUUGUCUUAUAUCAUAAUUUCUUUCGAACUAAAGUCCGUCCGACUGCUUCUAAUAUGCUUUUAAUGUCAUGGCACCCACUCGCUGCUCAACAAGCUCAGAAUUAUGCAGACAAGUGUAUUUUCUUACGUCACAACGACGCCAGUGAAAAGACAGUACCGUAUUUAGGUAGUUGUGGUCAAAAUCUUUUUGUAUCAUCACAAAAGACACCUUGGUUUUUUGCCUUAAAGAAUUGGUUUCUGGAGUACAAGAAUUUCACGUACGGUAGGCCCAUAACAAAUCUAAAAGCCGUAGGUCAUUACACUCAGAUGGUUUGGGCUACAAGCCAUAAGGUUGGUUGCGGUGUGGCCCACUGCUCUGGAGGACCAUGGGGCCAAUUUUACAAUUACGUUUGCCAUUAUUGUCCUGGGGGCAACUACGAUACCAUCACACAGUACCCAUACAAAGCAGGUCCGAAGUGUGGUGACUGUCCGAACAACUGCGUUUCAGACAAUCUCUGCACCAACUCCUGUCCUGUUAAAGACUAUUUCUCAAAUUGUGGUUCCUUGACCAAGAUCGUCGAUGUUUGCUCUCAAGGGAUGUGCAAUGCAACUUGCGCGUGUAGCUCAGGAAGAAUACACAAGAACUAUCCCUGGUAGUUUCGUUGACGAGAGUUCGUAAAUGUGAUCGAUAUGUUAUUGUAAUAAAUAAAAUUGUAUAAACAAUACACAUGUUAAAUUGUAUAUAAAUAUAAAUAAGUUAUUGUGGUCUGAU